AGUGUCCCGCAGACAGCACAGUUAUUCUGAGAAGAACUUCUGAAGGACAGAGAGUCUGGAAAAAAGUAACAAAGCAACAGAUUGCUACUUAAAUGAGCAUGCCAGCUAAAAAAAAUAUUUUUCUAGAGAAGAGAAUGGUAAAUCAUUGAGCCUCUUCCUAAACUCCACGCCGUCUUUUUUAUAUGGCACACAAUGAAGGAACAGUACAAAAUCAUUAACAGAAGCCAAAAAUGAAUGAAGCUCACUGGUACUUUUGAUACUGUCCUCCCGUGUUUUUCUGACUGAUAUGGGUGAUGUGAUAACCAGAAAGAAGCCCUAAAAUUAUCUUGAGUAAAAUACUUCCUCUCGACUCCCAUCAUCUCAACUCUACAAACCACUAAAAGAAAUGACCAGUCAACCACCCGAAGAUACUGUGGAGUCCCAGAGCUCAGAUGAGCUUGAGUGCAAGAUCUGUUACAACCGCUAUAACGUGAAACAGAGAAAACCAAAAGUGCUAGAAUGUUGUCACAGGGUAUGUGCCAAAUGCCUUUGCAAGAUCAUAGACUUUGGGGACUCUCCUCAAGGAGUCAUAGUGUGCCCCUUCUGUAGGUUUGAAACUUGUCUGCCAGAUGAUGAGGUCAGUAGUCUUCCCGAUGACAACAACAUCCUCGUGAAUUUGGCUUGUGGGGGAAAGGGGAAGAAGUGCCUCCCAGACAAUCCAACAGAACUGUUGCUGACUCCCAAAAGGCUGGCAUCUCUUGUUAGCCCGUCUCACACUUCCUCCAACUGCCUGGUUAUAACCAUCAUGGAAGUGCAGAGAGAAAGCCCUCAGACUCUGAACUCGACCCCUGUGGUGGAAUUCUACAGGCCCACAAGCUUUGACUCUGUUGCAACUGUGUCGCAUGAUUGGACAGUGUGGAACUGUACAUCCUUACUCUUCCAGACCUCCAUUCGAGUGCUAGUUUGGUUGCUAGGUUUGCUGUACUUUAGUUCCUUGCCUUUAGGGAUCUACUUACUGGUAUCUAAGAAAGUCACCCUUGGAGUCGUUUUUGUCAGCCUUGUUCCUUCGAGCCUUGUUAUUCUCAUGGUUUAUGGUUUUUGCCAAUGCGUAUGCCAUGAGUUUUUGGACUGCAUGUCAUCUUAAUAACAAAUAAGAAAUAAGACAUAUUGCCAUGUUGGUAGCAUAGUUAAUUUAUGCUCUCUUUGUAUUCUUAUUUAUUACUGUAGUCCAUCAUGUUAAAUGGAAGCAGUGGCCACACUCCAUUUUUAAAAAACGCUUCAAUAUUUGUUUUUUUAAUUUGUUCUACUUGUUCAUUCUACUAAGCAAUGGAAAUAAAAUUUACAUGUUAAUUUUUUAAAGGUUAGGCUAAGAGAAGAAAGCAAGAUUACCUAAAUCAGCAGCUGACACUGCUGCCCUUAUUCAUCUAUAUAGUUACUUGUCUUCAGCUAGAUUAGUCAUAUCUGUCAAGGCUGCAGGAUGAGGCCCAGCAGGCCAUUGGCAUAUAAGGCAACAUCCCAGACAAUGUGUAUGUUAUGUUCUGUUUUGUAAUAUCUGUUAUGCCAGUAAGUGAAUUCAAUCUCUUUGUGAAUUAAUAUUGUAAGAAGAGCAUGAUAAGUUUACAGGUCUCACCAGCCUUUUCUGUAGCUUAAGUCUUUGUGGGAGGUAACUGAUUACUAAUUUCCCUUUUCAUUGCUUUAGAGGUAGCAUAAUCCUGGAGGGUAUUGAGAAAUGGAGAGAGAAUCUACAUGUUUUUUCCUCUGGUAGAAACAUAGCCUCUGUACCCUCCCCACCUCAGAGUAUCCCCUCCAACCAUCCAUGAACUCCUCUCUGUGGUUGCAGCCCACCUUAAGAGACAGCCACUUAGGUUUAUGUGCACAUUUAAGUGAGUAACCGUGUGUGGCUGUCUCUUACAAGCAAGUUAUUCCAUGUGCACUCAUUAAGAUCCCCAGCCUCUUGGACUCCCUUUCACAGUCAUAGGUUUUCUGACCACUUCCUAUUUAAACCAUCCCACUUGCUGUGUAUUCCCCGCUGCAGUCACUAUCCCCAGCCCAUUAGUUCCCUCAGCAAAACACCUGAUCAAUCCCAUGCCCUCUAUUAUCCUCCAGUAAUUAGAGAGUUUCCCUUAGUUCCUUUAGCUGGAGGAUGGAGUUCUUUCCAUCCCACCAAGAUAAUCAUGCUGUAAUGCAAAUUUAUGAAGUCAGUUGACAUGGGUAAUUGCUGUCUAUUUCUCCAAUUCAAAGAACGGAUACUGUAAGGACAUACUGUGAUCAGGAUUUCAUUUAGAACUCAAUCCUGCAAGAUGUUGACCACCCUCAGCUGCCUCUGACUCCAGUGGGAAUUGCUGGAGCUUUGUAAUCAAGUAUUUACGCUGAUGUAACUCCACUAACUUCAGAGGAGUUACAGGUGAUUUACCAGCAUAACUGCAAGCAGAAUCAGAUCCUAUAAGGUAUGUUUGUUUUCUGUCAGCUUACACUUGGAAGUAAUGGAAGAUUGCUAUAUAUACAUAUAUCAUUUUAAAAAGGAAUGGUUUUAUAUAUUUAAAAAAGGAAAGGGUAAUGUCAACGUAUAUAAAUAACUAGUUAAGAGCAUACCUAAGUAACUAAGGCUUUGUUUUCCUAUUUGCACAACAGAGCCAAAAACUAACAAGAGCAGUAUCUCAGUCCAAGCCUAGUUUUUGACUACAUGCAAAGUUAAGGUAACAUAGGGAUGAAAGGACGAAGCAGUGCAAAGACCAAAUGUACUGCCUGAUAGGCCUUAUUGCAAAUCUAUGCAAUAAAAUAAUGCAAAGCUGGGAUAACAAAAGGAAAACACACAUGAAUGUGUUGCUAGCCCAGGUGAUGUGAAAUUAAGUCAGUUCAGUUUGAGAAGAUUCAAGUCCCUUUUACUGCCCCAUUCCUAUUAAAGACACAGAAAAAAUUAGACAAUUAAAAUAUAUCACUUUUCUUGACAGCGAGGAAGUUUAUAACAAUACAUGUGUUCAAGAAGUAAGGAUUUAGCAAUUUAUAGUUUGCAGCUAUGUGAUGUUACAGAGCUAACUAAUGAAUGGUUAAAAUAGUCAUUCCAAUAAUUACUUGAUCAUUAACUUUAACAUAUUUUCAAAUUUUUUAGAAUGUGGUAUUACUGAGUUGCUUGUUUUAAUGCUUGUAGUAAAACGUGUGUUGCCAGAUGAGCUGGCAACUCCAGCACAGGUAAACCCUAAGGUGUCACUAAUCUGCAAAUCCAUUAGUUUCAGUAUCUAAACAGAGGCAGAUGGAAGAAAUGUACAAAAAAAUUCUACGUGGUUUUAAAGUACUCAUGCUUGGAAAAGAUGUGUGUGUGGUGUCAGAGAUCCAUCUAUUUGUAGGGUGUUUUUCUGUUCAGUUUGUCUUAAUAUCUCUAAUAAAUGGGUGGCUGACACAGGAAGACAUUUCUGUAAGUGCAUGCCAUCUAUGCAUUACCUCUGUACAAUGUGUCUGCAGUGCUGUGUCUGGUGUCUUUCCCUGUCUGUUCUUUUUUUUUUUUUUUUUAAAUUAGCUUCCAGUUAUCUCAGCUCCAGCAUUGUAUUUAAUACUUUGGUUUAAAACAUAACCAAAUGUCAACUCAAUGACAACGUUAUUUGCAUACCUCUUUACAAAUAAAACACCUUGACCAUAGUGCUUCAGCAUUUAAAGCACUGCCAAAAAGGGUUUAGCAUGGCUUUUAAAUUAUAUUUCUGCAGAAUGUAGAAAUCUGAGUGCUUUCACAUCCAGUUUAACUUACACUAUUAUUUGAGGCCAUAUUAUAAUAUUAGGUGACUCAAAAAAGUGUGACUAUGCAGGAACAUUAAGUAGCUAUUCUGCUACUCAAGUGGAGCACAUUAUUGCACCUGAGGUCUUGCAAUAUUUGCAGUGUGUCAAGUCAGAGCAUCAGCACACUCUACAUCUCAGUUCCUGGAGAAGGUUGGUGGUGCUAUUAGCUUUCGAAUCAAGGUGAAAAGAAUACCAGUUGUUUACUUUUCCUUUAUGCUCUACUUUGUAAUACCUCAGAGACACUGGCAGUUGAAAACACUGAAAAAUACUGGACUAGAUGACCUCAUGUGGUCCCUUCCAGCCCUACUUUCCUAUGAUCCUUCUGGGGACCUAGUUCACUGUAACUACAAUGUCAUUUAUAGUGGAGUAAAUCAAGAGAGACUGCAGAAGCCAAUGAUGUUACACUGCUGUCCCAUCAGUGUAACAAGAAAACAGCAUCAAAGCCCACUUACCAAUUUUAUCUUCCAUAUCACCAAUAUUAAGCUUCCUACAAAUGCUAAUUUCUGCUGGAGCUGCAGUUAACAUGGUUUUUUGUUUACUUUCUGCUGUGUACAGUAUAUUUGUCAACACCCUGCUGAUAUUAAACUUUGUUAGCUACUGAAGCACA